AUGUGCUGGAUCAAGCGCUCGUUGUGCAUGCAGAGCUUUCACCUCACGACAUGGCCAGCAUUCUCUGGUCAAUGUCGAAAGCUCGCUUCCAUCACGAAGCAUUGGUCGAGGAGUUCGCGCGCACGUUGUUUGCCCACUGAGUCUCUCCGGGCUCCGUUUCUUCAACAACUGAGUGGGCAGUGCCAACAGCUCAGUUUUGGGGAUUUGAGGCGGGUCCUCAUGGCACUGGCACGGUGCUGGAAGCAAGCUGCUGUCCAACAAGAUCUGCUACACGAGAUUUGCAAUGCUACCGCUGAUAAAGCCGUCGGCUGCGACCCACGUGAUUUGGUAGCUAUGCCACAGCACUUGGGCCGCUUGAGGUUCUUGCACAAGCCGCUGUUAUUGGUUUCGGUUGAUGCUGUGUCCAAGCUGGUCACUUCGCGACUGAGGGUCCUACCUUUGGAUAUUCUGCGGGCUAUGGACGGGUUGCUGUUAAUAGCUUCACUUCUCGAAGGGGAGGCAGCCCGAGGUCAGACAUUGGAGCUUGUACGCAAGUGUCAAUUAUUCGGUGGCCAGCAGCUGAAGAAAUCAAGGCCGUCAGAGCUUUGGAGCGUCGGAUCGCAACUCCUCGGUGCCGAAAUCAUAAAUUCGAGGGUCUGGGCUCUUUGGGUUUCGGAGAUGAUCGAGCAUUUGCCAGAAGCCAGCCGUGCCAGCGGAAUUUCAUUGCUGCGACAAAAAAUGGUACGCAAAUGGGCUUUAGAUCGAUUCCCGGACGGAUUGGAACAAGCCCUUCGAAUUGCGCUACGACCUCCCCCAAGCGCCGAACAAAAGUGA